CACGUUCUAAAAAUAAAAGUAUAACAUCUUCCUGAGAUUCCUCGGGACUGAGGAAAAGAUCACUUCAACAGUUACCAUUGUACACCUACGCCUUGAUUAACCUUCAACACGUUCAGGCAGUACACAUCUGUCAAUCAGAAGAAUCGCUCACUAGGGUGCUCAAAACUUUCUCUGCAGUCCUCUCCACAUUUCCAUCCUUGAAACCAACGAUGGCCUCAACCACCAUCAGCGACCACCUCCUCUUCCAACAAUCCGUCUACAAACCCCUCUCCCCAAACCAAACCCGCCUCUUAAAAAUCCACCCAUGCAACUUUCCCGUCUCCCUCUUAAAAUGCGAUCUCAUCACCGCCACCCUGCACGAGGAAACCGGCGCCAUCCCUCUCGACAGCACCCACCCCCUACCCUACGAAGCCCUGUCCUACACAUGGGGCGACCCAGCACCCACUGAAAAAAUCCAAGUCAACGACAUCCCCUUCUACAUCUCCAAGAACCUCUACAUAGCGCUCAAGAACCUCCGAAGCGCCACGAAAGCGCGCCUCCUCUGGACAGACGCAUGCUGCAUCAACCAGCAAGACCUGGCCGAAAAGGCGCAGCAGGUCGAAAUGAUGUUCUCCAUCUACCUGAAAGCUUCCAAAGUCGUCGUCUGGCUCGGUGAAGCGUCCCCAGCCGCUUCCAAAAUCUUCCCCUUGAUCCAACAAGUCGAGAGCGGCCUCUACGACUUCAACGAAGCCGCAGAAGACGAGGAAGCGCGCGCCGCCGCGCAGUCCUUCAUAGAAACAACGCCGUACUUCCGGCGCACUUGGAUCCGGCAGGAAGUCCACGCCGCGUCCGAAGUGCAGCUCGUGUGCGGGCCGUACGCCUGCAGUUUUGAAGAUUUCGCCGUCGUCAUGGACGAUUUACUCGCGCGGGAGCAGGACGCGACGAAUCUGUUUGAUCCGACCAGGGAUCCGACGGAGGAGACGUACAGGGCCAUGAUGCUGUAUAUCUUCUUCAAGCGCGACUGCGACACGUACCACUUCCCCGAGGAGGAGAUGCACAAUAUGUGGUUCCGGCUCAUCAUGCGGAGCGCGAUGUACGAGUGCUCGAUGCCGCAGGAUAAGGUGUAUGGCGUGCUGGGCAUUGUGGCCAAGAUGACGCGGUCGGGGGCGGAGGAGGAGUAUGCGGAGAGGAUCGAUUCGACGGUUGGGUUUCCGGGGGUCGAUUAUACGAAGGGGGUUGCGCGGGUUUAUCAGGAUUUCGUCAAGCAUGCGAUCAAUGGUAGCGGGAAUCUGGAUGCCUUGAGCGUGUUUGUGGAUAGGGAGAGUGUGGGCGAGGAUCUGCCGAGUUGGGCCGUCGAUCUGAGGAGGAAUGUCCCCAGGAUCGUGGUCCCGCUCGAGAUGUUUGAUCUUUCGGCCGGUGAGGCGUACGGGCUGAGGGAGCAAGAUUAUCAAGAGUACGGCGUUCUCAGGCUGCGAGGAAGAAGGCUGGGUGUCAUUCGCUCGACGGUUUCGCCUUUUGAGAAUGGGCUGGAGCGUCGGAUCAGGGGGCCUCAUGAGCCGCGUCUCCACAGCUGUUUCUCUACUCGGGAGAUGUGGGAGCCCGAGAAGAAUGGCGAUAGGGGCAUGGACGAGGCCUUCCAGAUCAUCCAGGACAAGUGCUCGUAUAACUGGACGACCGUCGAACCAGUUACGACCAGGCUUUACGGCGAUGCUGAUUUCGCAGACUUCGAUCCUACGAUACACCAGUGCCAUGCCCUUGUCUCCAAAAUGGCAAAGGAAGGAGACAUUAUUGUUUUCCUAUGCGGCGCUGAUGUGCCGUUUGUUAUUAGGCGCACUGUCGACGUAGAUGAAGAGUCAUACUCCUUCUUAGGACCAGCACUUCUUAUAACCGGAACACAGCAGCGCAUGAAGAAGGAAGUUUUCAGUUAUUCAAUGGCGAGGACUCGAGACAUGCGUGGAGAGCCACUAGAAGAGUUUAUUCUUCGUUAAGAAGAAGAACAGGAGAGCACAUGAGCUGAGCCAGUGUAGUCCUCAGUUUGUAAAGGAUGUUAUGCUGAACAAAGUAGAAACUUGUCCCUUGUAUAGAAC